AUGUCUUCAAACACCCCCAGCCCCUCAAUUGCUCGUUCUUUGUUGUUCUUCGGCGAAGAUACAUAUGGUGGCUUUGAUCCAAACCACGGGAAAUGGGUCGAAGAAAACUUCAACUUGCUUCGGGUGCUUAACUUAGGGAAUCUAAAUGUCUACUCCAUUCCCACGUGGAUAAAACGAUUGAUCCAUUUGAGGUACUUACGUGUGCAGUCAGAUGCACUGAAAGUUAUUCCAGCUUCCAUUGGCAACCUAAAGAACCUAGAAACGCUUGAUCUUAGAGGUACUUUUCUGAAUAGUUUGCCAAUCGGGAUAUGGAAGCUGCGAAAUUUAAGGAAUCUCUAUAUGUCUGGGCCAGUGAGUUUACCGAACCAGUCGGACACAGAAAUUAAAGCUCUUUCAAAUCUCCAAGUCCUCUCCACCGUAUCACUUGACGCACAAACUGUUCGUCCCAUAGUCGAGGCUAAGCUCCCUAAUGUAAGGAAAUUAGGAAUAUGGUUUGCAUCAAACGAGAGCAACAGCGAAGCAGGACAUGCUUUGGCCAGCCUCCAACAUUUACACCGCCUUCGAAAAUUGAAACUUAUAAACUGUUCAGAGAUUCUUAGUCUGCCGAAUUCAUUUCCAGAGACAAUCAGAAAAAUAACCUUGCGACAAGUGUGCUUAGAAGACGGUGACUGCAUGAAAGUGCUGGGAAAUCUCGUCAAUCUUGAGAUUCUGAAAUUACAAAGCUGCUUGCUUUCCAGUCAGCUCUACAUAUUUGGAGAUUCGUUUCCUGCACUCAUAUUUCUUAAAUUGGAAAAUUUAAGGAUUGAAGAAUGGAAACAGGGGAGUCGUGCAAUGCAGAAACUAAGGCAUUUGGUUAUCGAUCGGUGA